AUGGGAAAAAUUAAAAUCAAAUCAUUACGUCAACGUUGUUUUUCUAUUACGGGGAAGAUAAAAGAAGAAAAAGAUAAUUUUCUUCAAUAUCAACUUUCAAUUUUACCAAAUAAUACUUAUACAAAUAAACAAUAUUCAUUAAAUGAAAUACAGUUUAUUCAAAAAGCUCGUUUACGAAGCUUUUCUAAUUGGCCACAUUUUGUUCCUAGUAGUGAAGUUAUGUCAUCAAGUGGUUGGUUCUAUUGUAAUGUAAACGAUCGAGUUAUUUGUAUAUAUUGUAAAAUAAUAUGUCAUAAAUGGAUAAAUACGGAUAAUCCCUAUGAAGUUCAUGCAAGAUUGGCACCUAAAUGUCCUUUUGUUUUAUCAAUAUUAUCGACAUCGACCGAACCUCCUCCAUUAGUUACUCAUAAUCUUCAUGGAGAAUUUCAACCACGUCAUCCAACAAUGUGUGAAAUAAGGCGACGACAAGAAACAUUUAAUAAUAAUAAUAAUAAUAAUAAUAGAUGGACACAAACUUCACCAAGUGUAAAUGAUUUAGUACAAGCUGGAUUUUUUUAUUCUGGUAUUGGAAAUACUGUAAGUUGUUUUUAUUGUGGUGGAUCAUUACAUCAUUGGGGUGUGAAUGAUAAUCCAAAAAUUGAACAUGCUAGAUGGUUUCCUAAUUGUCUUUAUGCUAAACAUUUAUGUGGUGAUCAUCUUCAUAGUAAAAUUCAAAUGAGAAAAAAACGACUUGCAAUAGAAAAAGAUAAUAUUGAUAAAGAUACUAUUAUGCGUCUUGUUAAUGCAAGACUUGAUCUACCUAUUGUUCAAUGUCUUCGUAAACAAUAUCGAUUUUCUAUUAUAAGAAAAUGUUUUGAAGAACAAUGGAAAAAUAAUCAUGAUGAUUUUUCAUCCAAUGAUGAUUUAAUAAUGGCUUGUUUUAUACUUCAAAAACAAUAUGAUAUAUAUCAAGAAAAAUCAACUAAAUUAAUUAUUCCUUCACAAAAUCAAAUGUCAAUUAAUCAAUUUAAAAAAACUCAAAUAAAAUUCGAUGAAUGUGUAAUAUGUCUUACAGAAGAAAAACAAUUAGCUUGCAUGCCUUGUGGGCAUUUAUGUGCCUGUGUACUUUGUGGAUAUGCUCUUCGUACUUGUCCUAUAUGUAGACAACAAAUACGAUCAUUCGUUCGAAUUUAUUCUUAA